AAUUACGUGCGGAAGAAACAAGAAGGGCUCAAUUCUUUGCAUAUGUCAUCAAAGUUGGAGGCUGUCGCCUCUCGUUUGGAUGGAGCAUACCGCUCUCAUCAGCUGACGACAAAAAUUCACUCAGUAGCUUCGGGGCUUUCUGGGGCUCUGCGGAAGUUGGACGGUUCCUCGUCUUUGAGGGAAAUCGAACUCUUCUCCAAGUUGUUCGACGACCUCGAUGUGCGGAGCGACUCUGUCUCGAGUCUCCUUGACGUCUCCACAUCGAGCGCUAUGCCUACGCAGCAGGUUGACAAAGUGCUGACAGACGUUGCAGAUUCAUUCGGUAUACAGCUGGAGGACCGCGUGGAGGCAUCUGAUUGUCUCUUAAUAUCUCCAGCAGAAAAACAACAACUGAGAACGAAACAAGACAUGAAUAAUAUCAAUAAAGAGCUCCCAGCUGUCUCCUUAGUUGCUGCUUCUGAAGGCAAAUGCCGCAGUGCUGCUGGCGCCCCUCGUCUCUGUCGUUUAACCCCUUUGGGUGUAUGGGGAGGAAAGCUGACGUAUGAUCCCUAUGAGACUCUGGGAGUGUCUUCAACUGCCUCUCUGGAGUCUAUUCAGAAGGCUUACAGACUGAAAGCUCGCGCUUGUCAUCCCGACAUAGUGCGUGCUUCUUGUGCGGAGAGUUCGGGUGUACAUACACCUGAAGGAGCAGCAGCAGCAGCGUCAGCAGCACAAGGGGAAGACGAAGAGCCAUUUAUUAUUAUAAAUGCAGCUUAUGAAAUGCUAAGGAAAGAGGAAGAAAGGCUUUCGUUCGAUAGAAACGGCUCAGGAGAUGGAGGCCGUUUUGUUAAAAGGGGAUUCAACUUCUCCGAUUCAGGGAAAAAGCCAACAAGUCUCUACGAUAUAAUUUCUUUGUUUACUGGAGACACCUUUCCGAGUUCUUCUGAGACAGCAGAAGAAGAUGAAGAGGGCUACAACGCCAGUUAUUACAGCGAAAUAGAAGAAGAUGAUGAUGAUGAUGAUGACGAAAUACCACUUGACUUGUUCUCUGAGUUUGAUUUAUUUGGAACAGAGAAAGAACAUGCAGAAGAAGAAGAGGGAGAAGGCGAAGAAGAAGAAGGGGAGACAUUUCCUUUUGAUUUCAGUUUCGCCGAUUUAGGUGAUUUAUUCUGA